AUGGAAAAUAAGGAUGCUGGAACAAAAGUAUUUAAAAUUCUUGCUCAUGGUGAUUCUAUUACUCGUGGAUACUAUUCCAAUGGAUAUAGAUAUCAUCCGUAUACGGACAAACUUAAAGAUUUGUUGCAAGCAAAAUAUUCACAUCUGACAUUCGACAUAACAACACAAGGGAUUAAUGGGGAAACGACAACGUUUAUGCUGAAUAGAUUAAAAACGACAUUUGAGCAAACCGAAAGUCCGAAAUACGAUUGUCUCAUAAUAUUAGGCGGUUUAAAUGAUAUGGGGAGUAAACCAGCAGAAGAUAUAGCCAGAAAUCUGUGUUCUAUGGUAGAUUUAGGGCGACAACAUGUAACUACAUGUUGUUUUGCUGUCUCUGUGCCAUACUGCUUUCCCGAUUGCUCCAAUUCCCUAUAUAAAACGAGAAAAGAUGAAGUAAACAAAAUAUUACAUGAUUAUAUUAAAAAUGUGAAAGAAUCACCGCCAACUAAUCAUUUCGUCGAUUUAACUCAACAUCAUUUGAAUUUUCUUGCUAUGAGUGAUACAGAAAAACAGUUGGUAUUUGAUGAUCGUAUUCAUUAUUCACCAGAGGGAUACGACAGAUUGGGUACCGCGGUAUACAAGGUGAUGAAAUCUGUUAUACGAGCGUUAAAAUAA